AUGUCAUUGUCAUAUGGAUUGAGAGAUCAUAAUAUUAUAGCAAUAGUUGGAGGACCUGGUGCUGGUAAAAAGACACAAUGUGAAAAAUUUUGUAAAAAACUUAAUUACACUUAUGUAAAUACUGGUGAUUUAUUACGAAUUGAAUUGACAAAAGAUUCUCCUCGUGCCAAUGAAAUUCGUAAAUUGAUGGCAAGUAAUUUACUUGUUCCAAGAGAUUACAUUGAAAAUAUUAUUAUGACAACAAUGAUUGAUUCUGUUCAAGGAGGAACAAAAGGUUUUAUUCUUGAUGGUUAUCCACGUGAUACAGCUCAAGCAGAGUCUUUUCAAAAAAAAUUUAAACCAUUUAAACGUAUCAUAUAUCUUGAUGUUUCAACUCCAACAUUAACUAGAAGACUUUUAGAUAAAGGUAGAGCUACUGGAAGAAAUGAUCUUACUGAUGACGUUGUUCAAAGACGUCUCAGAAAUUUUAAAGAAAUAACAAUGCCAUUUGUUGAAAGUUAUAAAAAGAAAGGUACUUGUGUUAGUGUUAAUGGUGAAAAUACUGAAGAUGCUGUUAGUAAUGAUAUUGAAAAAUUAUUAAAUUAA